GAAGGGUUUUUGUCUUAAAAUUUUCCUCUCCAUUCCAAACCACAUAAAACUUUUUAUUAAAAAAAAAAAAAAGAAAGAAAAAAAUUAGAUCUUAUUUAUAUGAAUUUCAAUUGAAUUAAAUUUGGGGAUUGUUUGGAUUCUCCGAUCUCUGUUUCUCGGGAAUCGUUCAAGGAAUUUUCUCAGGAAAAUUUUCAUUUUCAAAACUUUUGUUUUGUAUAAAUGUAUAUAGGGAUUUAAGAAACUGAAGUUCGUAUCAAUUUAAAAGGGACUUUGAAUGAGUUGAAUUGUCAUGCAUGCCUGAGAUAUGGUGUUUAAGAAGAGGUUGGAUUAUGGAUUUAACGCCUUCAAUGUUCCGAAAAUACCCCGAGCCCCUCGAUCAACUCGGAGGAGGGGUCAGAGUAAGAGGACAGUUGAUGACAGUCAAAUUUGCGCGUUUGAAUUGUUAGCUUCUUUAGCCGGGAAGCUAUUGCAGGAGAGUGAAAGUUCUGCUUCUAGCAAUGCGUCUGAAGGUCAUGAUCAUGUUUCCAUAGGUAAAGAUGUCGUUAAACAGGAAAUUCAGUAUGAUGAUAAGCCGUUGAAAACUGAAUGCUUUGAGCAAGGAAGUUGUGAAGCCAGUGUUGUCGCCUCGGUGUCAACUACUGAAAACAGUGACAAUUUGAAGGAAUUUACUCAUGCUGAGAAUGACGCCAUUUUGGAGCGCACUUUGAUAAAGACACAGCCUGCUUUCUUGGAGCAAAUCGGUGGUGAUUCAAAGUCUGUAAUUUGCAAAGGCAAUGUAGCAUAUGGUAAUUUUCCUUGUAAUGCUAAUGUAGAUGGGUACUCCCCUGAUAUUGGGGAGUUGUGUGAUGGUAAAAGUGAGAAUGGAUUUAAGCAAGAGCAAGACGCCAGGGGUUUGGAGACUGGGGCUUUGCAUAUUGCUAAUACUUGCCCCUCAAAGGAUCCGGUGGAAUUGUCUAUGACAUUUCCUCCACCCAUUAAUUCUGACAGAGAUGUCAAAUUGCCAUCACGCAGGGACCCUGUUCCUAAUGCUUCUUUUUCAAGGCAUAGGAAUGAUAUUAAGUUAGGUAGUAGAGAUGAUGACGAAAACUUUUCUAGGUUUAAUAAGCUUAGCAACAGGUUUAAGGCUUCUAGGCCUCCAACACGUAUUGGAGACCGAAGAAUAAGGAAGUUGCUGACAUCCAAAUACUGGAAAGUCGCUCCAAAGUUGAACGAUUUUGAAAAUUCUAGAGCUGGAAUAAAGCCUCUAUAUCGCAAGCGGAAAACUUGUUACAACUAUGACAGAUGUCAAUAUGACACACUUUAUAAAAGGAGGAAGUUCUCUGACCGUAGCUCAAUAGUAACUUCUGAUGGAGGGAACAGUAGUGAAAGCGUUUCUAAUUCACCUGGGAAGGUUAUGAAUGGAGAUAAGAGUAGCUCAGCUGCAUUGUCCCAUGGAGGAUGUGGGGUAUCCUCCUUUCUUACAGGUCAUCAAGCAUCCCACCCACCCAAGGAUUCUCACGUGAAAUUCAGCAUUAAGUCCUUCAGGAUUCCAGAACUCUAUGUUGAGGUGCCAGAAACUGCAACUGUUGGUUCACUGAAGAGGACAGUAAUGGAGGCAGUGACUGCUUUACUUGGUGGUGGAAUACGUGUUGGGGUACUCCUUCAAGGGAAGAAGGUGAGAGAUGACAGCAGAACUCUAUCACAGACUGGUAUUUCCUGUGAGGACAAUCUGGAUGCUAUUGGUUUCACUUUGGAGCCUGGUCCAGCUAAAGCUCCUCCACUUGUGUGCUCUGAAGAACCACCACUUUUACUAUCAUGUGAAGCAGCUCCUCAAAAUUUAAUAAGCUCUCCAGCCACUCCAGCUGUAGAUACAGGGAUUCUUGAUGCCUCACCUGACCCACCUUCACUGACCAAUUCAGCAAAUCAUGUGGAUAGUAAUAAUGAACCGGUUUCCUCCCAAACUGACAUGCUAACUGAUCAAAGUCUGCCACAGUCUAGAGCUCUGGUUCCAGUUCCAGCAAUGAACGUUGAGGCACUAGCUGUUGUUCCUGUCAAUCAGAAAAGUAGAAAAUCUGAGCUUGCACAUCGUCGAACAAGGAGGCCAUUUUCUGUGUCUGAAGUAGAAGCAUUGGUACAGGCAGUUGAGGAGCUUGGCACCGGAAGGUGGCGUGAUGUUAAAUUGCGAGCUUUUGAGAAUGCUGAACAUCGAACUUAUGUGGAUUUAAAGGAUAAAUGGAAAACUUUGGUUCACACUGCAAAAAUUUCCCCCCAGCAAAGAAGAGGAGAGCCCGUACCCCAGGAGCUCUUGGACAGGGUCUUGGCAGCUCAUGCCUACUGGUCUCAACAUCAAGCUAAACAACAAGGCAAGCAUCAUGCUGGAACUUUGAGGCUUACCGAUGCCCAAGCUGACAGAAACGGAGUUGCAGCAGCUAUUCCAACCGUGAUGAUGUAAAAAAGAAAGGUAAAAACGUUGACAAGGACAGGGAGAAAGAAACAUGUACAAAAUGAUUCUCAUUUAUGUAAUAUUCUCACACUCACCUGAUUCAUUGCCAGCUUCCCAUCGUGGAACCAUUGGCAUCUGUAAAUGAUUCGAUGAAAUAAAGAUCGUUCUAACCAGAUUUCACAGUACGUUCUUUUCUUCCCCCCAAUUCAUUUGAUUUAAAUUUGUAAUUCAUAUCAUUGAAUUAGAAAAAAGAAGAAGAAGAAACAGAGAUUCCUGUAGUUUGUAUUUCCCUUCA